AUGUAUAUCCAAUACCGACUAUUCAGCGAGCACUCCUUAUGGAGGCUUCUCGAAAUCAACAAAAAUGAGAACUACAUUUUGGCAAGCGACCUAAAGCACAUCAUCUGCAAGCAGAGCAACAUCAACUAUAACAACAAGAUUGAUAUUUAUUUUUCCGUGUACAAGGAGGAUGGAGAGGAAAAUGGAAUGAGUAGGGUGAGUGGAGUGGAUGAAGAAGUGGCUUUCUUAAAUGCUGAGGAUAAAAUAUACAAUGGAACUAAAAUUCUCAUCCACAGACACAUCAAGAAGAAAUCAAAUGUAAGUGAUAUAACACAUGAGGCAAAAAAAGAAAUAAGUGUGGAUGUAAGAGAAGAACAAAAAAUAAACAUUCCAAGUGAAUUCUUAUGUAAAUUAUGUAGCUACAUUCUAAUCGACUCGCACAUCGUUGUGUGCAGUAACAACUGUGGUUACUCCGUCUGCAAAACGUGUAUCUUAUUCUACAUUUUGAACCAGCUCGUUGUCCAAGAUGAGAAAAAGAUGUGUGCAGUUAUUGAUCUGUCAAAACUUAAGGAGAAUUCUAUACAGUGUCCUCUGUGCAAUGGAUCCUUAAAAUAUUGCAUUUGGAACAAGAAACUUGAAUUAACUUUAAAAAAAAUUAUAGACGAACGGAGUGAUAUCGACUCGUUUAAACUUAAUGUUGAAGAAAGGAACAGCCGUUUUCUGCGCAUCGUGGAAAAACUGAAAAUUGAGAAUUUCCCCCCGUCUGGAAGUGGCGCCAAAGAAAAUAUUUUCGAGACCGAAAUUUUUAAGGCGAUUGAAGAUAAGUACAUUCUCUCUGGCGCUAACAAAAAAACAGAUGAACCCUCCAGGGAGGAGGAAGUGAAAAUUCCUAAUCACUUCCUCUACCUGAUGACCAAUAAUAGACUAAACUGCACAAAGGAAUUCAACAUGAUUUUCCUCGAUUUUGAAAAUCCAAUUUUCGACACAGUGCAGAAGAUGAGUUUAAGGGCUGUGUAUGAUCAGCACUUGGGAAAAACCAACACAGGGCAGGCGGCAUCAUCAGUAAGUGGUGAUGACAAUCGAAUCGAUGGUGAAGGGAAAAGAACCAUCACGCAGAGCACGACUAACCAGAUACUUCACACAGAUGCUAACGUGGGAAGGAAAGUACUUAUGGAGAAUAACGAGGAUGACUUGGAUGAGGACAUGUACAAUCAGAACAAAACCUAUGUCAUGCCCAUCUCAUUUGUAGGGGGAGAGACAUCCUACUCUUUAAUAGGUGUCUUCUAUGUGAAGGAUCUAUUCAAGCGAUUAUCAUCCUUAAGGACAGGUACAGAGGACUCGAAGGAGGAAGAUAUUUUGAAAACCUUUCUGCAGAAGUGGUUCUCAGAUGAGGUAAAGCCUAAUCAGAACUCAUCCCAAAUAUUGAAUCCUUUGGAAAGGCUCAAAUCUGGAGAUGUAUAUACUCUAGAAUGGGUUCACAAGUACGAAAAGACCUGCUUUUUUCCCGCAAGGAAACAACCAAUAUAUAACAUUAUAAAUAGUAGACGGCAAAGAAGUAGAAAGAAAAACAAUAUUGAAAUAGUUCUUGAUCUGAAAAAAUUUUUAGAUGUCGUUUUGAGUGUAAAUAAUUACAUAAAGUAUGGCAGUCGGCCAAAUAAUUACGAGACUAAGAAAGGGGUGGGUCCUCAGGGUGUUCUAUCUUCCAAUGUGGAUGAUGAAGAGGGGAAAAGGAAAAUGGCACCUACCAGCAUAGAUAAUAAACUAGGAGAUCCAAGUUCGUGGCUACACAGCAUGGGUAAUGUUGACGUUAAGGGGAAUCCCAAUGAAGUGACGAGAGAAAGGUUGGCAAUGUUGACCACUCCAGGGGAGGUAUCAUCUCCAUCUGCAUCAGGUGGAUUGAUAAAGCAGAGCGCGUUCCAAGACAUUUUCCAAAUUAUGUAUGACACGAAAAUCCCCCCCGUGACAACUGGGAGCAGUUUUAAUGUUAAUAACCCCUAUGCUGAGUACUGUGCCCUUUUGCCUUUCUUAACCAAAGAGGAUUUUCUCUUCUUGCGGAAACUGCAGAGGAUUUACAAGGAGAAGUAUCUGCGGCAACUGUACAGACAUGUGCGCAGGAACAACCUGAGCAUGAACAUAUUUUUUAACGCCGUCAACUCGGUCUUCUUCUCGAGCCCCAGGUGGCAAUCAUAA